UGGCAAUGUUUAUGGUUUUUUCUUAAAGAAGUUUUUUCAAUAAAGAAGUGACCCAGAAAAAUGAGCGAAUCGGUUGCAGAAACUGCAGAUGCAGCGGAAAAUGAAGAGCAGGCCGACGACUCGAUGGAAAAGCUGGAGUUCGACGAGGAAGACGAGAAGAUGGUCUCCGCCGAAGAUUUACUGGGUGGCAAGAGUUUGAUGAUGUCGGACGACAGUGAAAAUGAAGAUUUAUCCACGCUGAAGCCCCGGAAGAUCUCACCCAAGGCCAGGCGCCAAAGGAUGAUAAACAGUGAUCAAGAGGAUCAAGAGGAGGAUGCAGUGGAGGCGGGGAAUCUAGAUCAAAAGCAGGAGGAGCACAUUUCCCCCAAAAACAAGGGACAAAGGCUGCUGGACAGCGAUGAAGAGGAGGAGGAGGUGUUCACCAAGUCCAAGAAGAAGAAAUCCGCCGUCAUAAGCUCGGAUAGUGAAGAGGAGCAACCGGUGGCCAAGGAGAAACCCGUCAAGAAAGGCAAGAAAAAGACAUCCCAGGUGGAUGAGGAAAGGGAGGAUCAGGAGCAGGAGAAACCUGCCAAGACAGAGAAGAAAAAGAGGGUAACCAAGAACAAGAAGAAGCUUCAGGAGAACCAGCAGGAGGACGACCAGGAGCAACCUCCUAAGAAGGAGAAGUCAAAAAAGUCUGAGAAGAAUAAAAAGCAAAUGGCCAAACUAAGCGAGUCCCAAGUGGACAAGGAGGAGGGCUCCCAAAUGGAUCAGGAAGGAGAUCAGGAGCAAGAAAAGCCCGUCAAGACACAAAAACCCAAGAAGCUGACCAAGAAGAAGAAGCAACAAGAGGACACUAAGGAGGAAGAAACAAAUCUGGAGCAGAAGAAGCUUCCCCAAAAAUCAAAGGCAAAGAAGUUAGCCAAAGCUAAGAAGGAAUCCCAAAUGGACAAAGAGGAAAGCCCCCAAAUGGAAAUGGAUGAGGAGUCCAAAAUGGACCAAGAAGAAGAUCAGGAGCAGGAGAAUCCACCCAUAAAACAAAAGCCUAAGAAGAAGACCAAGAAAAAUAAUCAAAAAGUGGACAGUGAGGAGGAGUCACAGUUGGAAACUGAUCAGAAAGAUCUUGAGCACGACAAACCUUCCGAAAAAAUCAAAAUAUAUAAGUUAGAUACAAUUGACGAUGAGGAUAGGGAAGAAACAGAUCAGCCUAAAAAGGUGGCCAAGAAAAAUAAACAAACAAUAGAAAGCGAUGAGGAGUCAGAAGAGAACAAAGAUGAGGAAAUGCAGGAUCAGGAUGUUAAGAAAAUGGACAGCGAGAAUGAGCCACAAAACAACAGCGAUGACGAUGAGGAUGUCCAGGAACCUCCCAAAAAAGCAAAGAAGAAUAAACAACGAAUGAACAGUGACAGCGAAGAAGAGAUCCAGAAGAAUCAAAGCGAAGAAGCGCCCAGUUCACCCAAAAACAAACUCAAAGGCUUGGUGGACUCUGAGUCCGAGCCGGAAGAGUCCACUGGGGAAAUAAGUCCAGCCAAGAAUAAACUCAAGGGCUUGGUGGACUCCGAAUCCGAAGCAGAGCUUAGCAAUCCAGAGGAAUCUCUAGGGGAACAGGAAGCACCCACUGAAGUUACGAAAGGAAAACCCAAGAAACCCAAAGUUGUGCGCGAAUCGGCUAAGAAAGCACUGGAGGGUAUGCAGGCCAUCCAAAGUGAGCAACAACGUCUGCAUCGGGAGGCUCACAUCAAUGUGCCCUAUCAUCAGCCGAAACCAAGGACUCUGAAGGAAUUCCUCAGUCGACGAACAAUCAACGCUCCUUUGGCCACCGCGCUGGCUGGAGGAAGUCCCAUGCCCAUCAAACAGCCCAGAAAGCCAGUAGGACUUCGAAUGACCCGAGAGGAGUUGGAAGCUUAUGCAAAACUGAUGGAGGACCGCGCCAAAGAGGCCACCGAGUUCUUUAAGUCCGAAUCCGAGCCAGAGGAUCAGGAGGAUUCAGACAACGAAGAGCCUAUGGAGCUAAAAGACAAUCCAGGUGUCUUGGAUGAGGUGCUGGAUAAUCCAAAAACGCCAGAAAAACCGAAAGAGCAUAUAGACGAACUGACCAGCGAAGCAAUGGAAAAUCCCGACAUCCAGGAAGCAAUUGUGGAAGAUCCCAUCAUUGAAGAAGAACCCAUUGCAUCGACCUCUGCAGCAGCUGCUCUCAGAUUCACAGAUAACUUCGAAGUCCAGCCGGAGAGCGAGGCGAAAUCUCCCAGCAAAGUUUGUCUGGUUACAGAAGUGGUGGAACUGCCUAGGCUGGACUUGAGCACCAUCAACAUAACACCGCCCUCUAAGCCAGCCACGCCAAAGAUCAGCGAAGCCAUUCGGCGGCUGAAGAUCGAGAAGAGCUCGGAUGUGAGUCCUUCGCUAAAGGGUGAUGCCAACAUGGUUAUUGACCUGGAAACGGGGGAUAUGUUCACCAAGAAACCAACUGGAGUGGAUGAUUUGCUGAAACGUCUGAUGAAAACGCGGGAAGCCAAAAAACACAAAACCACUGAGACUGUCAACAUUCUUACCACUGAGCAUGGAAAACUGGAGAUGUCCAAGGUGAGCAUUCACCUGCACGAAGAGGAGAUCAAUAAGGAUCCCAAGCCCGGAGCAGGCUACAUAAAAAUGCAGGAACAGCUUAAAUCUUUAAUCACUAAGAAACGCAUGGAGGACCUGCGAAAGAAGCAGGCCGAAGAGCAGGAGAAAAUGGCUGAAGAUGAGGAGGAGGUAAUGGAUGUGGAUGAGGAGUACGAACCGGAAGAUAAACCUGGCUACGCAGAAGUUACCAUAAACGAAGAUGAGGAGAUUGUUGAGGAAACUGAGGGCACUGCCGAGGAGGAUGAGGAGGUAGAAGAAACUGAGGCAGACGAAAAAGCUGAAAACGAUCCAGUUGAAGACCUUGAGGAAGAGGAUAACAGCAGUGAGAGUGAACAGGAAAGCGAGCCCGAGCCAGAGCCUGAAACGCAAACUGGCAGGAAAAAAAACCGGAUUAUUAAAGCCUUCGAGGACGACAACUCCGAUGAAGAUGAUCUCGACCUGCUGCAAACUCCCAAGCCAAGCAAUGUUGCUCCCAUAACGGCGACCCAAUUGCAAUUAUCCGCCCAUAAGCUUUUCGAUGCGGAGACCCGGCGCACGGCCAGCGACGAGGAGAACGAGCUGCUCGACCUGUGCUCCGGCCAGUUUCCACAAUCUCAAAUGCUUUCCUCCGCCGCACCCUCUGUGGACCCAGCUGUCAUCAGUCAGAUUCCCAUGACACAGUUUGGAGGCAGCAGCCAGGCACCCGAUGAACUGGAAGGUCUGUGCUCGGGCACUUUUGCCACCCAGCUUCCAUCGGAAAUACCCACUCAGCAGCCAGAGGAGCAGGAAGAAUCCCAUGAGCCACCAGUGGUGGCCAACAGAAUUCUGUCCAGCGACGAGGAGGAGGCCAAGGAGGACGCCACUGAAGCCGAUAAGCCACGCAACAAAAAACUCACCAAGAAGAGGCCGAAGAAGAAGGCCAAACUAGGAUUCUCCGAUGAUGAAGAAAGCGAUGGUGAUGUCGAGGAGUUUGAGGAGUUCGAGGAAGAAUGCGAUGAAGAACCAGUCGAGGAAAUACCAGAAACCUUUGUGGACUACGACUCCGAGGAGAAUGAAAUUGUAGUGGAGAUGACCAAAAAAGAUCGCAAAGUACGAGCCGCCAACUUUGUGGACAAAGAAGCUGAGCUAUCUGAAUCCGAAUGGGGAUCUGCUGACGAGGACGAGAAGAACAUGGAUAACUAUGAUAUAGAGUUGGGCGACGAAGAUCAGUUCGAUCGCGAUAAGCUGCGGAACGAACUGGGACAGAUUCAUGCUCGUAAAAUGAUGGACCAGGAUAUUCGGGAGGUGCGCAAAAUCAAGGAAAUGCUCUUCGAAGAGGAAGAAGAGGGAGCAAGUCGACAGCGCCAGUUCCGUUGGAAGAACGUGGAGAAUGGUUUCAGUCUAGAUGACCGUCGUCCGGAGAAUGGUGAAGGAAACGAGGGCAGUGGCGAUGAGGAGAACGAGCAUCUGUGGAGAAAAAUUCGUUAUGAACGCGAGCAGCUACUGUUAGAAAAGGGCCUGAAAACGGAGGCAGCCUCUCCACUCUCCACAUCCGUGAUAAAUACCAGUACCCCUGGUAAUUCCAUUCGCCGACUGAACAUAAUCUCCUCCAAAAAGACAACUGUGGAGGUGAAGAAGAGUUCCCCAUUCCUGAUCUCAAAAACAGUUGCUGGCAAGCAGCAGAAGAGUGCAGUUCGAGGGUCUUUCCUGGUUCGGGAUCAGCAGACGCUUACCAAACUGGCAGGCCUUACCAAGGGAACCUCCGGCGAUAUCGACGGAGCGGAGGGCACUAUUUCCGUAAAGACUGCGAAGGCCAAAAACUUUGUGUUCGCCACGCUAACGGAAGAGGAGCAUGAGAAUCGCAAACGAAAAGCAGCCGAUUUACUCAACAGCAGCACUGAAACGGGAGUGAACUUCAUGAAGAAACCACGAUUGGAACCUCGGAGGGAGAAGUGCCUUAUAGAUCAGCUUCUUUAGACUAAGAUCUUUUAAUUUUAGACACCCCUGAAAUGUACAUUUUGCUAUAUAGUCUAGUAAGAUAGUUAUUAGGAGUGAAUAAACCAUAAAUUUAAUU